AUGCUCGACGCCGCAGGAGCAAGUUGCUCGGCGCCGCCCUGCGUGAGCAACUACACAAUGUGGGCGGAGGAGACGACGCGGCGCGUCCUCAACAGCCGUCACCACACGUAUCCCUGGAAACGGAGGGGGCGCGAGGCUUUCGUGUGCCCCGACGUCCGGCAUGCGGGCGUGCCCUGCGCAUACGUGCCGCAAGACGACCGGCUGCUGUUGCCGCGGCUGAUGCAGGAGCUUGGCUACCGCGGCGACUCUGCCGAGCUGGGUGUUUGGAUAGAAGACUUCUCCAAGCUGAUUCUCAAGGCGUGGCCCUCGGGCAGGCGGCACAUUGGGUUUGACCCGUACCUCGCGCAGCCUUGCGUCAAGCAUGAGCGGGACAAGCACUGCAUCACGUCGCAGAGCGAUUUUGACGGCAUCUACAGCAAGACCAAGAGUCGGCUCGAGGGGCAGUUCACCGCGGGCCGCGUGAGUGUGCUCCGCAACACCUCUGUCGAGGCGGCUCAGCUCGUGCGCAACGGCUCGCUCGACUUUGUCUACGUGGACGCGAGGCACGACUACAGGUCGGUCAAGGAGGACAUGGGCCUAUGGUGGAGCAAGGUGUGCCGCGGCGGCGUGCUGUUGGGCCACGACCUCAUCUGGCCGGGCGUUCGCCGCGCCGUCGUCGAGUUUGUCGCCAAGCAGAAGGACGACGUCCACCAGGUCUUCAUCACGGCAGACCACGUCUCGAGCUGGUUCUUCUUUCGCCGCCCGCGAGAGUGUGGCGCGGGGGAGGCGCGGGCAGGCCUCGCACUUGUGCGGCUGCAUCGGCAGCUUUCCUAG